AUGGCGACAGUAAAUGAAUCAAAUAUAUGUUCAAUUUGCAACAAACCUUCAGUUAAAUACUUUUGCAUUGGAUGUAAAAAAUAUUUUUGUCCAAAGGAUUUCAAAGAACAUGAACAAGAACUAUCAAUAAAAUUCGAUAAUGAAAUAGUUAGAUCUCACGAUGAACUUCUUGAUCAAAUACAAAAGUUAGAAAAAUCGAAUUAUUUUUCAUUGGAUCUUUUUGAUCAAAUUGAAGAAUGGAAAAAAAUAAUAAUAAACAAAAUAGAGAAAGUAGCAGAAAGAGCUCAUCAUGAACUUAUCCAAUUAAUUGAUAAACAAAGAAUAAAAAUAACAAAACAACUUGAACCAAUCACAAAAGAAAUUCGUUAUCUUCAAGAGGAAGAAAAUUUUCUUGAAAAUGAUAUUGAUCGACUUAAAGAAAAACUUGAGGAAAUCCAAAAAACACUUGAACAAUUUAUUCAAAAAGAUACAAAUAAUACCAUCAUUAUUUACAAUGAUCAAGUUGAUUGGAAUCGACUAAUCUACAUUCAAGAAGAACAACAAAACUGUAAGUAA